AUUAUUCCUCUUCUGGAGAAUGGAAAGCUUGAAAGUGGACGCUUGGAUUACGAAGUACUCGGCAUGCUCCUGGUAGUGUUGCUGGAAUUUAUUCUCUGGUAUCUGCCUCUCUCUCCUGGAUUGUCAGUCAGCUUUGAUUUUCAUUGUUUGUCCUUUGUCUACAUCGAUUCAACUGCUCGCUCUUUUUCUUCUUGCGGGGGAGGGCCUGGUAUCUCCACUCAGGAAGGGGCUAAGCUUGCUCGCUAACGCAUCGACCAGAUCUAUCUCGGGAUAUUUGGCGCUGUAUAUAAAAUAAGGUCCGGGGAGAGGGAAUGAUUGAGGCAUCUUCACCACCGCACCGCACCCCACGAUGAACUUGCUACCACGAGACAGAUCGUGGUUGAGCCAGUACAACAUCGGCGGCCCUCUGCCUGUCGAUCAACGGCAUGGCUUGCUUGCCAUCACCAUCAUGGCCCUCGGGUCGACGUUGGCCACCGUCGGCCUGCUGAUAUUCAUCACCUAUCGCCUGAUCUUCUGGCGCAAGAGCUUCUCGCGCUACAUCGGCUACAACCAGUACAUCGUGCUGAUUUACAACCUCAUCCUGGCUGAUCUACAACAAUCCUUGGCCUUUCUCAUCUGCCUCAAGUGGCUCAAAGACAACGAGAUCGAGGCCGACACCGCUGCCUGCUUCCUGCAGGGCCUCUGGCUUCAGAUCGGUGAUCCUGGCAGCGGCCUCUUUGUCUUCGCCAUCGCCGUACAUACCUUUCUGCUUGUCAUCUGGGGCCACAAGCUCAGAUAUCGCAUGUUUGUGGCAAGCAUCGUGGGUAUCUGGGUAUUCAUCCUCAUCCUGCUGCUCAUUCCACUGGCUACCCAUGGCCGAGACGUUUUUGUCCCAUCCACCACCUGGUGUUGGAUCAAUGCCAAAUAUGAACCCAUGCGUCUGUGGACACAUUAUCUCUGGAUCUUCCUGGCCGAGUUCGGCACAGUGUGUCUGUAUGCGAUCAUGUUUUUCCAGCUACGACAUCGUAUUGCCCAGUCAGCCAUCCUGGGCAGCGCACACAUCGAGAGCCUGAAACGACUGCGCCGCGUGGUCGGCUACAUGGUCAUCUACCCGAUUGCCUACCUCAUCCUCUCCCUACCACUGGCGGCGGGUCGCAUGGCCCUCGCCCGCGGUGACUCCCCCUCAGUCCUCUACUUUUGCGUCGCGGGUGCUAUGAUGACCAGUUCCGGCAUGGUGGACGUUACCCUGUACACGCUCACGCGCCGCAGUCUGAUCAUUGACUCCGAACCGAGCGACGACCGCAGCUACCCGCGUGCCUACGGGGAGAGGAAGGGCGCCGCCACCGCACUGUCAGUCCUCAGCGGCGGCGACCCGACGAGUCGCCGGACCGAGAUCAGCGCUAUGCGCAGCCAUAAUAUGCCGGAAGGCGACGACGACGGCGACGACAACCACUCGAUUCGGUCUACUCCGCCGCGGCACGGCUCUACAGAUCGUAUCGUCGCCACCCCGGCCGUCGUCGAGCUGGCGCCCAUGACCAAGGUGUACCAGCACACCACGAUUGAGAUCACCACCGAGCCGGCGUAUCCUUCUGCCCAAGGUGAUGGCGGGAAUCCCCCGUUCCAGACGAGGGGGAGGUCAUCUCCAUCACGGUGGUGAAUUUCAUUUCUUCUUACUUUUUUGCCAUAUACCAUCUUUGCUCGUUGUAAUAUACUUUAUAGACUUGAUACUGUACUAGAAUCACGAGUACUAUGUAGUCCAGCGUAUGUCAG